UUAUGACUCUUGCUUUACCAGUUAAGAUUCCAAUAUCACUCCGACCUCAGAUUGAUACUGGACGACGUCAUCCCAUUUUUCCAUGUUUAUUGAACAUGGUGAAUAAUAUAAAUGGACUGCUAAAUGCGCAGUCUGGUUUUUACAAAACUUCUUUAUUACCUACUUGUUUAUCUGUGUCCCUAUCAUUCCAGCAAGCCUUAUCAAUAAAAACCGAUAUCAGUACACGACAAAUGUGUCCUAACAAUGCACGAUUCAGUACUGUUUCUGUCUAACCCUAUGUAAAUCUUUUCCCACAUUGAAAACAAAAACAUAAUAAUCUAAACGUGAUCUGAGACGGCCGAACGGACUCAAAUAAUUUAUAGCUGGAAAUAAUGGUUUGUAAGCCCCGCCUUGUGGCGUUAUUCACCUCGGGUCUAAGCCGUUUACAGUGGGCUAACGUAUUUAAAGGCCCUCUUAGACGCUUUUUGACCAAACAGAACAAAGGAACCAAGUGAUCAAAUCGCACUGCUAAAUCAGACCUACCAAAUACCGACUCCCAUUUAGCGAAUAUCGGGCAAGAUGAUUGCGUUCGUCGACAAUUGGCUUCAAUUUCUCCAUUCCAUUUUUAAAUGGUUUCUACAAAUAUAUACACAAAAGAAAAUUGAAAACAAAUUGAAGGUUUCCAAUUUAUCGCCUAGACCGACCAGCGUCAAUUACCACUUUACUCGCCAGUGCAACUACAGGUGCGGUUUUUGUUUUCACACGGCAAAAUCCAGUUUUGUAUUACCGCUAGAAGAGGCAAUGCGAGGACUCCGACUGCUGCAUGAAGCAGGAAUGGAAAAAAUCAAUUUCUCCGGUGGGGAGCCGUUCAUUCAUCAGAAAGGUCGCUAUUUAGGCCACCUUGUUCGGUUUUGUAAGCGGGAGCUUGGCCUGGCUAGUGUUAGUAUCGUCAGCAAUGGUAGUCUCAUCACCGAGGACUGGUUUAUUCGAUUUGGUGAGCAUCUCGAUAUCUUGGCCAUUUCAUGCGACAGUUUCCAGCCAGAGACAAAUAACCUCAUAGGUCGCCAUCGAAAUAGCAAUAAGAAAGAAGUUGCUACCUGCGAAGACGAUGACCAGCACCUGGAGAGUUUGGAAAGGGUUAGAGGUUGGUGUCGUGACUACAGAGUGGCUUUCAAAAUUAAUUCGGUCAUCAAUACACAUAACUUUGACGAAGAUAUGAACAGACAGAUCCGGCAACUGAAUCCUGUUCGCUGGAAGGUGUUCCAGUGUUUACUAAUUGGAGGAGAAAAUCACGGUAAAGAAGCUUUAAGAAAUGCGGAGAAAUUUGUAGUCACCGAUCAACAAUUCGAGUCUUUCCUGCAACGCCAUCGGGAAGUGGCCUGUUUGGUACCCGAAUCCAACGUCAAGAUGCGCAACUCUUACCUGAUUUUGGACGAAAGGAUGCGAUUUUUGGACUGUGUGGAUGGAAGGAAGACACCUUCACCGUCGUUGUUGGAUGUUGGCGUAGAAGCUGCCAUCCAAGCGAGUGGUUUUGAUGAAGCCAUGUUUUUCCAACGAGGAGGCAAAUAUGUAUGGAGCAAAUCUGAUAUGUCUCCAUCUCUAUUGGAAUGGUGAUACCAGGCCUGAAACUGAACAUACCUUUUACAUGGCAGUUGUUCAUUUUAGCCUUGUACAUUAAACAAACAUUAGUUUUUAGUUUUUACCUAUUUAAGAUGAAAGCUGCUAUAUUUUGUAAUAUCGCUGAGGAUUCUAAUAAAGGUAUCUAGAACUAGA